UUCGCUUUUCUCGAAUCCAUACGCUUCAUGCUUCAACAAGUUAACUCAACCCAUCAAUUCCCAUAAUUCCUACAAAGCGAUUGCUUCCAGACGCUGCGACCAUGUUAUACCAAUUGCCGCUCCUGCUCCCUGUCGCCUUCCUCUUCACAUCUACCAUCUCAGCAUUCUCAGGCAACUUUGAGCUCACAAACAUUACUGUCUCAUCACUGUCGCAAUUUAAUCCAGACUCUGUGGAGGGAUCUUACGUCGAACUCGACUUCGCCGACCAGGACACCCCCGAGAUCGAGCCAGUCCAUUGCUGUGUUCAAUGGUCAGCCAACGCAAGCCCACCGACCACUUGGCCAGGUAGCUGUGAUAACGAUACAUUCGCUGUCCUCGUCAGCCCAUGGGCUGGAGUGCAAGCCCUGACCCUUGACCUGCAACACUCGUACAUUGACAACAGUGUUGGAGAAUAUCCCUACAAUGUCCUUACCAAGUUCGCCAACCUGAGUCUCGAAUACCCUUCCACCCAAUACUAUGACUGUGACAUGUCCGAGGCGAAAUGUCAAAGCUCGAGCGCGAUCACCGCCAUCGUCACUUCUUCCACUGCUUGAGGAUGUGGUCAGCAAUGAGUCCUUGAAAAACCUGAGGCGGAUGAUGCUCUAGGGCAUGAUUGACAUGCUAAGGAGAACAUGACCGCGUGUCAACAAACCGGCUGAGGUAUUGUCGAGAUUCUGCAUGUAACGUAAUGUGGGCUGGAGGGAGUUCAGUAGGGAAGCAGAGGUUAGCACUCUAU